UAAAGUUUAUAAUAUACACGGUUUAAGAUAUCUUAAACCGUGAUAAUAAGUCUUUGGGGCCGAACCUUAGAUCAUGUAUAUGAUCAGCUAAGGGCCGAACUACUGUACUUGUCACAGAUAUAUAAAAUAUACUAUAAUAUAUUUGUGGUACUUGUUGAUCAUCAUUAUCAUUAUUUAUUUCGUGUUUGAGACCAUGGGCAAACACAUGUUUGAGACUACGACGAAUGUGCCUACUUAGUUAUUUUUAUGUCUAUGGGUUUUCCCGUCUUAUGCUUAUUGUUUACAAAUUUUACGAUGUGUAAUACACGAUUAUACAUUGUGUAUCGACUAUCGACUGUUUAGUGUUUACUGUUUAGACUGAUAUGACGUAUUAUGUAGUAGAUUGGCAAAUAGCAGUUCGUAUUUUAUUUUGAGGAAUACCUAAAUUGUGAAAAUGUGAAGAAAAACCCACCUGCCGCUAUGGAAUUCAUCAUUAACUUAUAUACAGUUUGAACUUCGAAUUAUCGAGCAUUGGCCAUUGCGUUAUUCGUGAAUUACUGAUGAAGUUUACUAUGCCUUGCGAUUUUUGAUGUUGUCAUGUAGGGCCCUUGCUGUUUUGGGUGAAGAGUCCAGGGGUGCCUAGUCAAUAGUCAUCCUCAGUACCCCCCGUGUGCACGUCUAUAACUAUAGAUUGGCUGAAUAUCAUUACUUUUUAUAAACAAAUUGAAUAUUGAUCUUUUCUAAAACUUGAAUGAAAAAAACAUAAAAAACCGACAUUUUUUUCAAUAUUUACCACUUGAGGUAUUCACACAAUUUUUUUUUACAGUUUUACAAUUAACAGACAUUUUAUCUAUAGAUAAUUGAUCUAUUUCUUAAGUAUGGAUGACCAUGACGAAAUCAAAAAAAAGAAUACUGAUUUAAUUCAACAUGAAAUACCUCAGAAUUGUACUAAAAAAACACGGAAAUAUAAGAGAAAAGUAAAAUAUAAAUAUGAAUCACGAUAUACUAAACUAUCUCAAUUUAUGACAUUUCAUUGUCAAAUUUGUUCUUCUAAAAAAUAUACAGUGUUUAGUUCUUAUAAAGAGCAUAUGGCAAAUUGGCAUGGUGUGGCACCUAAAACAUUAAAUGAACAAUUCUUAGAAUCUAUUAAGAAGAAAAGAAAAUAUAAACCUCGUAUUAAAAAAUCUAAUACAGUUAUCACAGAAGUUGAAAAACAAAUGCCAUUAGAAUUGAAGAAUGAUGAUAAUAAAGUAUCAGAAAAUUCUACUGAUCAUAUAAAGCCUGAAAAAUCUUAUCAAAUACCUAUAAAUAGCAAUUCUUGCUUUUCUCAUAAGUCUAUGACACUUGACGAUAAUAUGGCUUUAGACACCUCUGAUGAGGCUGGAACAAAUGCAGAUACCUCUAAUAAAAAAAACGAAUCUUUAAAUGUCUUAAAUGAUAAUUUUACAAUUUCUAUUCCCGCCGAUGAUAAUAUCAAUUCUAUGGACAUGGUAGAUAAUGAUACUUCAACUUUGGUCAGCGCUAAUAAUAAUGCAACUUCGGGUAUUAAUAAUUAUAUAAUUAAUAAAAAUACAAUAAAAUCUGAAAAGGAAUCACGAUAUAAUAAACUAUCUCAAUCUAUGACAUUUUAUUGUCAAGUUUGUUCUAAAAAAUAUAUAACUUUUAAUACUUUUAAAGUGCAUAUGGCAAAUUUUCAUGGUGUGGCAUCUAAAACAUUAAAUAAAUAUUACUUUGGAACUCAGGAGAGAAAACAAUAUGAACCUUGUUCUAAAAGUUCUAAUACAGUUAUCACAGAAGUUGAAAAUCAUAUGCCAUUAGAAUUGAAGAAUGAUGAUAGUAAAGUAUCAGAAAAUUCUGCUAAAAAUAAAUUUUACUCUGGAACUAAGCAAAGAAGAAAAUAUAAACCUCGUAUUAAAAAAUCUAAUACAGUUAUCACAGAAGUUGAAAAUCCUUGCUAUUAGAAUUAAAGAAUGAUGAUAAUAAAAUAUCAGAAAAUUCUACUGAUCAUAUAAAACCUGAAAAAUCUUAUCAAAUACCUAUAAAUAGCAAUUCUUGCGUUUCUCAUAAAUCUAUGACACUUGACGAUAAUAUAACUUUGGACACCUCUGAUGAGGCUGGAACAAAUGCAGAUACCUCUAAUAACAAAAACGAGUCUUUAAAUGUCUUAAAUGAUAAUUGUACAAUUUCUAUUCCCGCCAAUGAUAAUAUCAAUUCUAUGGACGUGGUAGAUAAUGAUACUUCAACUUUGCAGGAUUUCGCUUCAGUAUCUGAUUUUGAAAAGCACCAACAAUGUAAUAUUUAUGAGAAUUUGAUAAUUUGUCAGAAUCAAAAAAAUGUAAUGGCCUGUGAACCAAAAGAACAUUAUAUAAAUGCUAACUACAAUGAAUUGUUUAAUAGUGAAAUAAUCCCUCCAAGCAUUCCUUCAAAAGAUACAUGGACACCUGACGAAAAUCAUAUGAAAGCUUUAAAUGAAAUAUGUGUAGUUCAACAGCCAUUUUAUUGUGGUUUUUGUAAAGAAAUGUGUGAGCAAUAUGAUCAUUACCAAUUAAAUCAAUGGUGUUCAUUUAAUGAAAAUUUAAAAUGUCAUGUUUGUUAUCAAGAAUUUUCUGACAGAAAACAAUUAGAACUUCACGAAAGAGAACAUGUGAAAUUACAUUUUUGUUAACAAUCUGUAUAUUAAAAGAAGUAUAAUUUUGAGUAAAUAAAAUUUUUUUUUUAUUGAUUA